AGUAUAUAUACGCACAUCUCGAUGCAAAGAAAAAAACAUCACCAUCUUCUGAUCAGUUUUCUUUUGCUACUCGAAAUAGACCCAAAGAAAAAUGUAUUGUCUCCAAGUUGCAGCUUAUCACUUGUUCUUCAACGCAUCACGGUUGUGUUAUCUUCUUGCUCUGCUUAUCUUUGUUUUUCUCAGAUUAUUUGAUAUUUUCCAUGAUAUAUCAGUUGUUAAUCACGUCGGCGACUCCGGAACGGCGGCGUUUCGGGCUAUUACUGAUACAAAAAAGCAAGUUCAUGGAGAGUUGAAUGUAACUUUCUCUGGUGUUUUCUUAGGAUCUCUAAUCCAAGAUAUUGCUACUUAUGUUUAAUGUUUUCUAGCUAAUGUUUUUCCGAGGACAUGUUUUCUCGUUAUGUAUUAUUCAUGCACUUGCAUAUAUGUUUAACGAUGAAUUCCUAGUCUUGAUC